AUGACGAUCCAUAAACAUAAUCCAUGGGAGGAAGACACCAGCAUCUCAGCCCUGGUAUCUCUACCCUCGAGGGAUCUGUCUCUGUUCGCUCGUGCUUCCGGCCCGGCUCGUCGUCCCGGCGACCCCGUAGCCAUCCUCUUCACGGGCGCAGGCGGACCUCUUGCAAUUUAUGUCAAGGUUGAACAACAUCUGUGUACGUUUGUCAGGACGCUCUUCUACGAUAGGGCAGGCUAUGACCUUAGCACGCUACCCUCCAAUGUCGAGACUUUGACGGCCGAAGACGGGGCCAGGGACCUCGAUGCGCUCCUCGACAAAAUCGGCGUGCAUCCACCGUAUCUUCUCAUCGGACAUUCAUACGGGGGAAUCCCACUGCGAGAGUUCCUGCACCAUCAACUGAUCAAAUAUCGCCCAGCGAGAGCUACAGAUGUCAUUUCUGGAGCCGUGCUAUAUGACACCGGCAGCGAGCUAGAAUGGGCAUUGUUCCCGCGCAUACCGAGUGCCGACCUUGUCACUGUGUCUCAGGACGUGGACUGGGAGAAGCUCACAAAUCUCAGGGCCGAAUCUGGCAUGACCGACGAGGAAUGGAAUGCUGCGAUCCAAGCGAGUAUGCGGACAAUAAAGGGCAUUAGGAGGGAAGACACCCAUGCGAGUGCAAGGACGUUGGCAGAGAAGCUGCAGUUGGAAAAGCACCCCUAUGAUGGGGGGAUCUUGGCCGUGAUCAGGUGUAAUUCAGCGAGAGACUACGAAAAGAUGUAUGACGAGGGGGUGAGGUUGGGGGGUGGGACGCAGCAGGAGCGCCGCGGAGCGAGGCAGUUUAUCGAGGAGUGGAAAAUGUUUAACUAUCAGAUGGUGAAGGCACAGGUUGAUCUGGUUGGGAGCACCAUCAACGGCGGCAUCUUGUUCAGGGAGCUGAUGGACUGGGGGCAUGACAGUCCCUUGAGGAAGCCUGAAUUAGUGGGUGACGCUGUGCGAUGGGUUCUUGCAGAGCUGAAGGGAAAGGGGAUCGUAACAGUCGGCCCUGCACCUCUGAGAUGA